UAUCAGCACGUUUUAUUUAUUGUGGAAUGUAUAUAUAUAUAUAUUUAAUCUCUCAUCAGUGUUGUGGACUAUUUUGUGAAGGAGACAUAAUAACACACUGUUAAUCUAACGGCUGUCAGUUUCAUAUAGCUCGCAAAGACUGAACAAACUGAGUCAUGGAGGAGGAGAUAGUGGAGACACCAGAGGAGCAGCUGGCCAAGCAGCACCGCAAGGAAAAGAAAGAUAUGCAAGCUAAAAUCCAGAGCAUGAAAAAUGCAAUCCCCAAAAAUGACAAGAAAAGGAGGAAACAGUUGACAGAUGAGAUUGCAAAAAUUGAGGCUGACCUCAGCCAGAAACACGAGGAGGAAUUGAGGCAACUCAAGCCUACAACCGACACAGAGGUGGAAGAGGUGUUAAAUGGAGUGGAGACCAUGAAGAUGGAGGAUGGGGAGGAAGAUGAGGCUAAGCAACCACGUGUAACCAAGGCCCAGAAAAGAAGGGAAAAGAAGGCUGCCCAGGAGAAGGAGAGAGAGAGCAGGAUAGCAGAGGCGGAGGUACAAAACCUUCAGGGUGUGAGGCACCAGGAGGGUUUGAAGCUGGCUCAGAAACUCGCACAGCAACAGCUCCAGAUCAAGGAGAUCUCCUCUGAUGGCCACUGCAUGUAUCGGGCCAUCGAAGAUCAGCUGGCACGGCGUUCAAAGCCGCAGUUAAUCAUGAGUGUGAAAGAACUGCGGUCCAGCACUGCUGAGCACAUGAGAGGCCAUGCUGACGACUUCCUCCCUUUCCUCACCAACACCAACACUGGGGACAUGUACACGCCAGAUGAGUUUGAGAAAUACUGCAGUGAUGUGGAGCACACAGCAUCUUGGGGUGGACAACUGGAGCUGCGAGCUUUGACCCAAGUUCUUCAUUUGCCAGUGGAAGUGAUCCAGGCCGACUCCACAACUAUAAAAAUCGGGGAGGAAUAUGAUAGUGAACCCAUCACCCUUGUCUAUAUGCGUCAUGCCUAUGGACUAGGAGAGCACUACAAUUCUGUGGAGCUGCUGAAGGACCCGGCCAAUGCAGAGGACAGCUGAGAGACAUCUCAGUCCUGGUGUGAUAUUAACCAAUGUGUGUAAUGCAGAGUGUGUUCAAACCACUCACACUAUGGGCCCCUAAAUCGAACGUACUUGGAGGGAGUCCCUCCCCCCAUCAUUGAAGACAAGCUGAGGUUAACAAAGAACAUUGCUGUUGUCAGAAUGGUUUCAACACCUAAUAGUAUGUCUCUGUUUAGAAGUCAAAAUAUGUCAGCGAGGAGUUUAAAAUGACAUUCUGAAACAGUAUCAUUGUGCUACUAAAAUGUAGCAUAAGUAACGUGUUAAUGAUUUUACACUGGACGCCAUUGGUCCUAAUGACCCCUGGGAUUAGCUUUAGUCCAUUUUGGGAAGCAGUGGCGUACAGCCUACCUAUCACAUCAGGUGACAUAACUGUAGUUUAGUUGUUGAACAGAUUAUGAUCAUUCAUGUCACUCCAAAUGUCAACAGCGGCACUGAUGGGUUGUUGAACCUUUGCAAUGUUCUUUGAAUGAACUGAAUUGUGGAACUUGUAAAUCAUGUUACAUAAACACAUAUAAUAC